AUAGGCUGAGACUGCUAAGGGACUGAGUUUCUAAUAUUCCUGGAGGAACCAAAUUAAACUGAUCAAUACGGUGAUAGGCUGGUAAGAGCAGGGCGGGUGGGGCUUUCAAGGUAAGAGGCUCAGAGAGAUGGAGGAGGUCUAACUUGCAAUGUGAUAGGCUGGGCGGGCGGCAUUUAGGGUGAAGAGGCAGGGCUUGGGAGGUGAUUGACAGAGUAGUCCUGGCUCUCAGAGGGGGUGGAUUUUCCAGAUGGAAGUGGGCGGGGCCUGGCCCCGAAACCACGCCCAAUUGUUUCAUCUUUCUCGUUACUUACAUAUAUUUGCAUCAACCAAAAAUACUAAGGCAGAACAAUUUCAAAUCACCUUUUUAAAAAUUUUUUUUAAAUUGUGGUGGCACAGUAGGUAAGCGCCUGGCUAUUAACAGGAAGAUUGGCAAUUGGAACCCAGCAGCUCUUCUAGGGGAGGAAGAUGCAGCAGUCUGCUUCCAGCCUUGGAUACCCACUGGGGCAGUUCUGUUGUUUAAGUGCCAUGAAGUCCGGCGCAUAGCGACCCCAUGUACAACAGAACUGCCCGGUCCUGCACCAUCCUCACAAUCGCUAGGCUUGAGCCCAUUGUUGCAGCCACUGUGUCAACCCAAUUUGUUGAGGGUCUUCAUCUUAUCAAGUAUGAUGUCCUUCUCCAGGGACUGGUCCCUCCUGAUAACAUGUCCAAAGUACGUGAGACAAAGUCUCACCGUCCUCGCUUUAAGGAGCAUUCUGGCUGUACUUCUUUCAAUACAGAUUUGUUCCUUCUGGGAAUCUAGGAUACAUUCAGUAUUUUCACCAACACCGUAAUUCAAAGGCACCGAGUCUUCUUCCGGCUUUCUUAUUCACUGUCCAGCUUUCUCAUGCAUAUGUGGUGGCUGAAAACAUCAUGGCUUGAGUCAGGCACACCUUAAUCUUCAAAGUGACAUUUUUGCUUUUUAACACUUUGAAGAGGUCUUUUGCAGCAGAUAUGCCCAAUGCAAUAAACCGUUUGAUUUUUUGACUACUGCUUCCAAGAUCUUCCAGAGUCGUGGAAUUGACAUCAGGGCAGCGAGUUUAUAUAGGUAAAAGCACAUUUGCCGUUUCCUGAAUUUUUUCAUCACCCUUAUCAGAGGCUCUUCAUGCACAUUUCUCCCUUUAGCCCCCAAACCACUUUGAGCCUCAGUUUAUUUGUAAAAGAAUGGGUUAAGCCUGCCCCAAGCUGUUGCUGUUGAGUCGAUGCCAACUCAUGGUGACCCCACAGGGUUUUCAAGUCUGAUUUCUCAGAAGUAGACUGCCAGGCCUUUCUUCCAAGGCACCUCUGGUUGGACUCAAACCUCCAAGCUUUAGGUUAGCAGCUGAACGUGUUAAACAUUUGCACCACCCAGGGACUUUAAGCCUGCCCAACCAAGAAACCAAACUCAUUGCCUCUGAUAGUGACCCUGUUGGGCAGAGUAGCACUGCCCCAUAGUGUUUCCAAGUCUGUAAAUCUUUACAGAAGCAGACUGCCGCAUCUUUCUCCUGUGGAGUGAAGCAUGGGUUCGAACUGCCGACCUGUUGGUUAGCAACUGAGCUCUUUAACCACUCUGUCACCAGGGCUCCUUAAGCCUGCCCACAUCUGCCAAAUUCUGAUUCAAUGACACAGUCUGAAGGAGCUGUUUAAGCUGAGCCUUGAAGAAUGAAGAAUUUGUCAGAGAAUCAAGAAGGAAAAAGGCAUUCCAGGCAGAAGGAACAGCUCGGGCAAGGCCAGGAGGUUUGGAAGAGCCUUGGGGUGAUCAUGGAGCCUCUAACACGUUAAUAUGACUGGAUUUUAUAGAGGUUAGGAGGGAGGCACUAGACCUCCUGGGCACUCUCUAGUCUUAGAAUUUCUACUUUUCUACCUACAUCCCUUAGCCUUUCAUUCCUGGGAGACACAGAGGCAGGAAGACCCAGCCCUCUGGGAGACACAGAAGCGGGAAGACCCCUGUCAGUCGGAUUAGACCCCAGCCUUUGUACACAGGAGUUUAAACCAAGCGCAGAAGAAAGGAUAUCUCAGGCAAAGGUGACAGCAUAGUCAAAGAACCUGGGGUAUGAGAGAGUUGAAAACCUUCAGCUGUCCUUGAAUAUCAUUGUGGCUAGAACAUGGAGUAUACCUGGGAGUAGGCAGCAGGUAUACUUUUUAAAGGCCUUGAAGAGCUCGAAAUUUCUCCUAAGGGCAAUAGGGAGCCAUAGAGGAUGCAUGAGCAGGAGAGGGACAGUGAGAUCGCUGCCUUUGGAGCCUGGGUGGGAAAGAUAGUGGAGGGGGCCCGGAAGCCCAGGAAGGGAGCUGGCAUCCAAGUGGAAGGGGAGAAGCUUGAGUUCUGACUAUGGGGUGGAAACUAGGAGGCCCAUUUAAAUUGGAUUCGCGAAAAAUGGGCAGGAUAGAAUGACCACCCAGACUCUGGGGAAUCCAGCUAAAUGGAAGAGAAACAGGAGUUGGGAGAGAAAGCAGUGGUGGGAUGGCCAGAGAGGUAGGAGAGAACAAAGAGGAGGACACAUUAUGAUUUGGCUCCCUGAUGUGCCCAGCCCUCUGCAAAGGGCUUGUUAAAAUCCCCGUGACACUAUGAGAAAAAUUUGACAAGUAUCCCCAAUUUAUAGAUAAGAGAGCUGAGGCUGAGAAGGAGGCAUCACUUGCUCAAGAUUACUAAACCCGCACCUGUCCGUGACCAAGGUGAAAAGAGAACUGUGACCUCAGCACUGAAGGAACGCACAGAGAAGAAGAGCUCACAGAGGAACCAGACAAAGAGCAUCAGCCCAGGGGAACAUUCUGCAUCCCAGGAAAUAAAAUCCAAGUUUCAAGGGUAAAGGAGCCAUGGGGUUGGAGGCUGACAUGGGGAAAGGCUGACAUUUCAGGAGCUAGACACGUGUCCCACACAGGGGCUGGAGGAAGCCUCUGUCCUCAAGGAGGAAAUGGUACAAUAACAGGUCACAUGACCGGGGGAGUGGGCUUCCUGUUUCCCCUGCCUCUCCCAGGCCAGUCUUGGUCAGCUCAGGCCUGAGCAAGCAGUGGCCAGAGUGACCCUGAGAGUGUUUGGCAACUUGGACUUCUGAUCAAGGUGCCCCAAGAGGAACAGAGAAGUAGAGGGGAGUAAGAGGGCCGCAUGCAUGGUUGGGACCUCUGGUUCAGAAGAAACUUACAUAGAAGUGGGGGCUUUGAGGUCCUGGGCCCAGGCCCAGAGACGAGGAAAAGAGACAGGAGAGGGCAUAGAUUUGGUGAAAAAUAAGGGGACAAAAGAAAAGGGGAGGUCAGAAGGCCCUUGUGAGGUAGUGAGCUGCCCGUCAAGAGAAGUAUUCAAAUAUGCAAAUCAACAUUGAUAACUCAAGAGCCCUUCCAGAGGGGAAAAGCAAUGCCCCAUCUCAUAGAAGAGAAAAUUGAGGCCAACAUUUGCCCAGGACAGCAAAGCAGGAGCUGAGGCCAGGCUGUGUUUUUAGGGGCUGAGGAAGGAGGACCCAGAGGGCACUGAUUUCUGGACAAUAAUGAGUGCCCGGGCCAUGCGACCCCGAAGUCGGCGAGGGAGACAUCCUCCACCCGGUGAGUUGGACCCUGUGGCUGAGAGUUCAGAGGAGGCAGAGGCAGUAACUGGGAGCCCUGAGCCAGGCCCUGCACUACUGCAGGAGAGUCAUGGCAAGUCAGAGCUGCUGGGCCCUGUGGCCGAGGCUGCUGGGCAGGACAUGGGGAGCAGGAGAGACAAGGAACUUGAUGGAGACUUCGGCGGGGGAGUAGCCUCAGCCCUUGAGGGCUCCCAGAAGCCUGCAGAGGAAGUCCACCAAGCCCCAGAGGCAGCCCCACGGGAUAGGGAGACCAUCCCCCCCAAGCCUGGAGCCCCCGAUGUGUUCCAGACCCUCCUGCAUGCUCUGAGUUCCCUGGAGGCAGCUGUUGCUGCAUGGCGCCAGCAGCCCCCCAGCUGUCCUGGCCCAAUGGAAGCAGACAGCAGAAGUGAGGGGGCAGGGCUCCUCAGGAGGCAGGAGGAGGCAGGGGGCUGCCAGCGGGAGGCAGCCCGCCUGACCGAGAGGAACGCCUGGCUGCAGCUGGCCCUAGACAGUCGUGAGGACGAGCUGGCCCGCACACAGGCCUCCCUCCAGGCCAUGCGGAUGGAGAAGGAGACGCUGCAGAGAGAGGUCCAGGAGCUGCAAGAUUCCCUGCUGAGACUGGAGCACUUCCCACCUCCCUCCCACAGCCAAGGGGGCAGCUCAGGCAGUGGUUCCAGCAGCCCCGGGGCAGGCGGGGAGGCCUGGGGGACUCAGGACUCCUUCCCCCUGGCUCACCCCCUGCUCCGGCGCCUCCGGAGUGAUUCCAGCACCCAGAUUCUUGGACCUCUCCCCACCCGGUCCCUUGCCCCCGAGAUGCAAAUCAUGGAAACCCAGAUUGACCAGCUCCAGGGGAGCAUCGAGAAGCUCAAAUGCUUCAACCGUCUGCUGUCGGCUGUGCUCCAGGGGUACAAGGGCCGGUGUGAGGGUCUCAGCAUGCAGCUGGGCCAGCGGGAGGCUGAGGCCACAGCCCUGCACCUGGCCUUGCAGUACAGACUAGGUGACCUGAGCAUCCUGGAGCACUCAGGACUGAUGUCCCGCAGUGAACGCUGUGAGGAGGCCUAUGGGGCCUUGCUUGCUCUGUGGAAGGCCAGCUUGGGAGCAAGGAAAGGAGCCUCGGUGGGUGACCUGCAGGCAGCUGAGAAGGAAGCAUGGAGGCUGUUGGCACAAGAGGAGAUUGCCAUAGAUGGAGAAGCACCACGGGAUGCCCAGCCAAGACCCGAGGGCAGCAGUGUGGACACGCCAACGCUACAGGAGGUUGCUACCCAGCUCAAAGGCUACAUCCAGCGUCUCCAGAAGCACAGUGCUCUGAUGAAGAUUCCCCUGGAGCCUGGCCCCACCCUGGCACCCAUGUCCAAUGUGCCCCAGUCGGAAGCCAUGCUGCAGGCCAUGUUGGAGACUCGGCCUGGCCCAGCUCUGCCCCAGCUGGAGAAGAUGCAGAUCCAGCAGGACCUAGUAACCACGCGGGAGACCCUGGCAGACCUGACACUUUGGCUACAGCUGGCCCGCCGGGAGAAGCAGGGCCUGGAGCUACGGGAGGCCGCCCUUCGAGUCCUGGGCCCAGCCCACCUGGUCCUUCUGGAGCAGCUGCGUUGGGAGCGGGCCCAGCUCCAGGCUGGUGAGGAGGACGGCAGUGGUGGAGACAGCAGUGGAGGCAGGAGCAGCGGGGAUGAGGAGGGAUGGGCCCAGGGCCCUCCUGCUGCCCCUGGUGGCAUUGAUGGAGGCCAGGUGGGCAGGGUUCGGGACCCCGAGGAGCUGGCCCGGGACUUGGAGGUGUCACUAACCCGGGCUGUGGACCUGCGGGGGCAGCUGCAGAGUCUUCGGGAAGAGCUGGAAGAGGCAACACAGAAGGCUAGAGCCAAAUGCACUCAGACUGCCAAGCUGAACAGCAGCUUAUGCAAAGCUCACAGUGCCCUGGUCCUUGCCCUCCGAGGAGCACAAAGGAAGCAGGAGGAGCAGCAGCGGAAGCUGCAGCAGCAGGUGGCACUAAUGGAGGCCCGACAAGCAGAGGAGCUGGCUGUGCUGGAAACCACUGUGAGGGCUUUGGGGAGGCCCCAGCCGCCCCGCCCGCCACCCCAGCCAGGGGAGACCCUUCUGUAGACCCUGCAACAGGUUGCAUCCAGAAGCGCCACAGAGUGGUGGCUGGUGAUGUCAUAAACACCCUGGAGUGACUUUAUGUGACUUGGCUUGUUUGGGGUGUGUUUGGCACGUGAUGGCCUGCUGGAGGGUGACUAGGAGUUUGAGAAAACCUUAAUGUCUUUUGCACUCAACUACUAACUGAGAGGUUGGUGGUUCAAACCCACACAGUGGUGCUACGGAAAAAAGCCUGGUGAUUUGUUUCUGGGAAGAUUAUAGCCAUGAAAACCCUAUGAAGCAGUUCUACUCUGUAACGCAUGGGGGCGCCCUAAGUUAGAAUUGACUAGACAGCAGUGGGUUUUUUUGUUUUGUUUCAUGUCUUAGGAUCUGGCCUGGCACCAUCUGGAGUAUAAGCCUGUCAUGUCAUUGGGGUUGGGCAGGAAGCCGACUGGGCUGUGGUGACAGUCCCUGGGGAAUCAGAGACAAAGCUCUCCCACUUGAGCUGGGGGCUGAGGGGACAAAUGAGGAAACUGAGGCUCAGCCAGUUUCUGAAGUUAAGUAGCCAGAGCUAAAAUUCCAGCUGCCAUCUGGACCCUUCCAUGGGGGGAAGUUGGGGUGGGCAUGCCUUCCCUCCCCAUCCCUUCACAAGGAGGUGCUGGGUUUGGACUGGGAGAUGUUCACAAAGAGGAGGAGGCUCAUAUCACAGAAGGGAAACUGAGGCUGGAACAGCUCAGGGUGUGCAAAGAGGAAUGUUAGCUCCAAAGAGCACUUAUUCACAGGGUGGAGACAGGGGAGGGGGGCCAGAAAGGUCUUUGGAAUUUGGCUUUGAAGAAUUUACAGCUAAGGCAGAGGGCUUCUGGGUGAAGUGUGGACUUAGGGGCUUUGGGCUGUACACAGAUGAGUUCAGAGCACACAGUUAUGGUUGGCAAUGAGGCAGAUUCAUGACCUCCAGGGUGGGGAGUGCCCCUGGCCAGGCUGAGAAGUUCAGGCUUCUUCCUGAGGCUGAUGGGAGCUAUGGGAGGUGUUUAUGCUUGGUUAAAUGGUUUGCACUCAACUACUAACCUAAAGAUCGGUGGUUCGAAACCACCUAGUGGUGGUACGGAAGAAAGGCCUGACAAUCUGCUUCCAUAAAGAUUACAGCCAAGGAAAUCCUAUGGAGUUCUACUCUGACACACAUGUAGUCGCUACCAGAAAUCAGAAAUGACUCCAUAGCAAUGGGCUUGAUUUUUUAACAGCAGGCAGCUGAUUAGUCUGUAUUUGCACAGGCCACACCUCUUGCCCCCCCACCCCCCAAUGGCCUAGCUGGGCCUAGAAAGCCGGGGUGGGCCUCACCCCAGCCUAGCAGGAUUAGCAGCCAGCUGUCCUCUCCUGGGCAGUCACUGAAACCCAAGACAGAGAUUAGAAAGCAUUUUGUGUCCAGCCUGGGGGAGGAGGGGUCCGAGUCACACCUGUGCAGGUGUGUGUGAGGUGCUACCGGUUUCAAGAGAGGGGCCAUGUACUUGGGGUCAGUUUCAGUCAGUGGCCAAGCCUGGACUUGAACCCUUGCUGCCUGAGUUGAGAGGUGGAAGGAGAAGGGACCAACAGCCACCUCUAACUCCUGGGGCUGUUCACCUUUGUACCUUCCUCAGUGUCUCUGGACCCAGUUGACUUUGAAGAAAGCAGGGGAACUGAGGCGGGCAAGACUGCCAAUGGGGGGGAAGGGGCAGAAGAGCCAACUUUGCCCCCCUCCCCAAGCAUGAUCUAAUCCCCCCAGGUUGCCCUUGUGGGGAAGGGGAGCCAAGGUCAUCCGUAGGAGGGUGGGGUAAGAGUUUGCAUGUGGUGGGUUUGCAAGGGGCGGGGGAGAGAAAGGGCCUGGGGUUGCCGUUGUAGGGUGGCCUGUUCACAGGCUGCCUGGGGAACAUGGGCUGGCUGUUCCCACGGGCGCCCUCUCAGCAGAUGGGCCUAGGACUCUUUGUCCCAGCUUUGUGGCCCCUGCAGGGUCAAAUGUCACUGCGGGGCCACGGGCAGGGGUCAGGGGGGCGAGGUCAGGCCUGGACACACCCCCAGGCGGC